AUGGGCCAUUCUAGAUGGAGCGUGGAUGACAGUGAUGUUGUCCAUAUGCUGACAGCAAUGCAAACUAGUGACUUUCUCACUCCCUGGCCAUCUUGGUGGUUGAUCUUGGUUGGGGACUGUCCUGUACCUAAGGCAGGAAGAUCCACAAAGACGAAAAAGUCAAUCGACUCUAGGCUCCAUUUUGUUAUGAAAAGUGAAAAGAAUGUGCUAAGAAACAAACAAGCUCUAAAGAUGAUCAGACAGGGCAAAGUGAAAUUGGUUAUCCUCGCCAACUGCCCAGCUUUGAGGAAAUCUGAAAUAGAAUACUAUACUGUGUUAGCUAAAACUAGUGUCUAUCAUUACAAUGGCAAUAAUAUUCAAUUGGUCUCAACAUGCAGAAAAUACUACAGAAUAAGCACACUGGCUACGAGUGACCCAGGUGAUUCUGAUACUAUUAGAAGCAUGCAAGACCAGACUGGUGAAAAGUAA